CAGUCACCUUCUUCUGUUAAGUCAGACUAACAGUCUGUACAUGUCUGACAAAUGGCGUUGUUCAUCCCUGAUAUGGCUGGUCAUCUGUUUUUGGUCAUCCUCCUUUUCGACAGCUUCCAAUACAUCGAAGCCCAAGGUCAUUACCAAGGUCACCAUCCAAAACCGGACAUUAUAGUCCAUCGUUACAUGUACUUCACCAUCAUCUGUUUGAUUCCUGGAUCCGUCAGUCCUGACACCACCUGUAACCUGUAUGUUGGAGAGGAGAGUCAGCCAUCCUUCACAGCAAAGAUCAAGAAGAGACAAUCCACCUCAGCACCCAGACAGGAGUUCUGUCAAUUCACUCCAAAUCAUAGUGAUCUGAUCAGUGGUCUACAGUCAGUGAGGAGUAAGGAGGUGAGCUGUGACUACAGAGUGAGCUCAGGACCAAACUCUCUCUCUCCACGCAGUGAUGGGUACAGCUUUACAGAUCUGGUGGGAGAUCACAUUAGUGAUCCAACAACUAAACACUUUCCAACAGAAACCUUACUUGUCAUCCUGACUCCUCAUUCUACUGAACCAAAUGCUCCAUUCAUCACAACCUCUGAGAUCUCUACAGGAAACACCACUGACCCCACACUGACUCCAAUGGGGAAAGAGCCACUUGAUUUCCUGUGGCGUCACAUCCUCACUGUGUUUGUCCUACUGGCUACCUGUGGACUAAUUAUACACUAUGUCAUCUCCCAUCAAUGCCCUAAAGCUGUUCCAAAGAGAAGCAGGAGGGUGGACCAGAGCAAUGAAGACUUUUCGUUGACAGUGUGCUAAAUCACUGUGCUAAAUCACUGUGCAUACCUACAAACAUACACGCACACACACACAAACUUAUUUUUACAUUUAAAAAUAUAUAUAUUUUACGUUUUAUGCAUCUUUGAGAUUUCUGUGAUUUUUCUUUUCAAAUUGAGUGCAUGAUAGUGUUGCUUGGCAAGUUGAAAACUUAAUGUACAAAGUGUACAUACAUACAUUGACUGUACAAAACAUUAAGAACACCCUCCCCCCAGUUUGAAGUAAGUUACUAACUGGCGUUAGGGGCAUGGACUCUACAAGGUGUUGAAAGUGUUCCACAGGGAUGCUGACUCCAAGGCUUCCCACAGUUGUGUCAAGUUGGAUGGCUGUCCUUUGGGUGGUGGACCAUUCUUGAUACACACGUGAAACUGUUGAGUGUGAAAAACCCACCAGCGUUGCAGUUCUUGACACAAACUGGCCUGGCACCUACUACCAUAACCUGCUCAAAGGCACGUAAAUAUUUUGUUUUUCCCAAUCGAUGUCUCAAUUGUCUCAAGGCUUAAAAAUCCUUCUUUAAUCUGUCGCCUCCCCUUCAUCCACAAUGAUUGAAGUGGAUUUAACAAGUGACAUCAAUAAGGGAUCAUAACUUUCACCUGAAUUCACCUGGUCAGUCUUUGUCAUGGAAAAAGCAGGUGUUCAUAAUGUGUUGUUUUGUACACUCUGUGUAUAUAUAUACAUACAUACAUACAUACAUACAUUUUUAUUUAACACCGUUUUAUGCAAUCAAGUGUCCUUUCUAUAAUCUUUGUUGAAAUUGACUGCAUGAUAGUGUUGAAGGCAAGGUGCACACAGCAAUGUUUAUUAUUAAAAC